AUGUGUUUGCCAUCGAGUUAUGGGAACAGCACUGGCAGAUCUAGUCAAGACUCGACGAUCGCCCGAUACCUCUCGUACGAGAAUUCACCUUUUCCCUGUGAGCGAACACUGUACCUUCAGUGGGCUUGCAUCGCCAACGGUACCGAAACAAUUGACUUCCUUGCUGAGCAACAAUGUUUUUGCGGCGGUGGAUUUUUCAGCGCAUCUGAAGGGUGCGAUGCCUGCUAUCGUGCACAUGGACUUGUCAUGUCAACCUCGCCCGAAGAAGAAGCAUCUUAUCUCUCAAGUCUAAGUACUGCUGAAUGCACCCCAAACCCGCCAACACAAGGGUUCACGAAUCUCGUCGCGACUGUGGAUUUUUCACUCAUACGGACACGAAGUACCACGCUUUCAGACGACAAGUUCCCCAAUCAGACAGCUGUCAGCAACUAUUUCACAACGACGAAAGCACUUACACCUGGCGAGGUGACGGGAAGUGCGACUGCGCGGAGGACAAGCUGGACGAAUUGGGACGGCGUUAGAUUUACACCGACCCCAGUUUCCAAUACCGGAAGCGUCCUAGUUACAAGUACUGGAAAUGGACCACCCAGCUCAAGUACCAGUAGCGCUUCUAGUGGUGGUAUGGCAAAGAACGUACCAGGUCUUGACCAGCUGGUUAUGAUGCUCUUUAGCAUCCUUCUCAUAGUUUGA